AUGAAUUCUCUGGUCAACACCUUAAACCAAUUUUCAACAGCUUCAGCUACAAGUUUCGACAUGUCACUAUUGCAAACUACUGCUAUUAGCGUAGACGACAACUGUAUGACUGAAACAACAUAUAAAGGAAGAAGACGGAUUUAUCAAGAUGAAGAAAAUGAUGAUGACAAUUAUCACAAACGUCGUCGUGGGAUACCUGUCUACAAGGGCAACUUGGAACGUUCAUUUUCGCGUUUGUAUAUUAAGAGCAGCACCUCACUAGAAUCAAAUUUGGAAAGUCUCGCCAAUGAACUUGAGGAAGACAUUGAGGCUCAUAUGGCUGAAAUAUUGGAUGUCACAGCAAACUGCAUUUUAACGAUGCCGAAUCGUAUGACAACUUUUUCAACCUUAGCGGGUCUGUUAAACGCUAAAAAAAGUGGUUUUGGCAGUGAGAUUGUUUUUCUUUCCGACCUUGUUAACUGUCGCGUUGUAUCGCUUAAUUCUCUCGUCGAGUUUUUGGAAGGUUUUCUAGAAGCAGCUUUUGAAGAUGGAAUUCCACAGGUCAGAAGUGACUGGUUUGUCUAUUCUGUCCUACAUUGCCUUCCGUGGAUUGGACAGGAAGUACAGGAGAAGAACGAGGAAGCACUUAAUAACUUGCUUCACGGUAUAGAGCAAUAUAUGCAGGAGAGGAAGAAAGACUAUUUAAGUCUACUACAAGUGUGGACUGCUUCAACUCAUGAGCAAGAAGAGUAUUUGGACUGUUUUUGGGCACAAAUAACCAAACUUCGUGAUGAUGGUUGGAAAGAGAAGUAUAUAACGCGCCAUUAUGUGGCUUUUGACGGGGCUCUGACCGGGGCUUUGCAGCACAACUUGCCCAGCUUCCAACCUCCUGAGCAUACACCUGACACUAUAUAUCCAUUACCGCGUGUGAUUUUUCGCUUAUUUGAUUACACGGACUGCCCGGAAGAGGGUCCGUUACUACCAGGUGCACAUUCAAUCGAGCGUUUUUUAGUAGAGGAGGAGUUAUUCUGGAUAAUAGAACAAUACUGUGGCAAUCGGAAAGAGUGUGCGGCACAGCUACUGGACUACAGUAAACGUUCACUGGUGCCUUUGAAUUAUGUAAUCUUGGAAGUUGUAUUCGCGGAGCUGUUUCGAUUACCAGAGCCUCCUAUAAGAGAAUUGUUUUUUGGAAGCCUGCUAAUAGAACUGUGUAAAAACCAGGCCAUGAGCAUGCCACAGGUUCUAGCCCAAGCAGCUGAGCUGUUCUACCAGAGGAUUGAUUCUAUGCAUCCUCUCUGCGUUAACAGGCUUAUUGACUGGUUCAGUUUUCAUAUUUCAAAUUUUGAAUAUCAGUGGUCCUGGCCGGACUGGAAAGAUUGUGUUACUAUGGAUAAACUGGCUCCAAAGCGAAUUUUUGUUCGAGAGCUCUUGGAAAAAUGCAUGAGACUUUCUUAUCAUGAAAGACUGUUGGAGUUCUUGCCUACGUACUUCGAAGCAUUGGUACCAGAGAAGCCGCGGAUUUGUUAUUAUCUUGGGGAAGAAGAAAAUCCAUCAGUUGAACUUGCGCGUAGUUUUGAAUCUUCGAUUAGAGAAAAAAAGACUCCUGACGAUGUUGCUCGCUUGUUGGGUAAGAACGGUGAAUCUUUGGCGGUGUUUUUAUCCGUUCUUCUCUACAAUGCCCGCACUACAUUCAGCCACAGUUUCGCAGCUCUGACAAAGUAUUAUCAGAUAUUAAAAAAUGUAGUAGGUAACAGUGAAGAACUGCAGAUGGUUGUUUUGGUAACCGUUUACGAUUUGUGGAAGAAUCAUCAUCAGAUGAUUGUACUGUUGAUUAAAAAAAUGCUGGUGAUGUCUCUUUUGGACGCUCAUACAGUAGUUGCGUGGAUAUUUAGCGAAGAUAUGAAGAAGGAAUUUGAAAGGCUUUGGAUCUGGGAACUUUUAUGCAUCACUUUACAACAUGUUACUGGUCAUGUAGAACGCGCUUCUCAGGCACUUGAAUCCUUGCAACUUAGAAGUGCCUCUAGGAAAAAAAUUAAAGACCCAGAAAAUGAAGACGUUGAAGAGGACAUGACUGCUGUUGAUGAUGAAAUAACUGCAAAAGAAAAUGAACUUGCUGAGCUAAGAGAAUUUUUAAAAAACAUACUUCUUUCUGUUUUACAUAAGUUUACAAUUCUUUUGACUGAACAUAUCGUGAGCUGCGAAGCAACCGGUACUAAUUUUAAUACGGACUGGUAUCGUUUGAUAACUGGUCGAUUUCAAGGCAUAUUUUUACUGUUUUGGGAGACGCUUUGGCGUUAUCGAGAUACUCUGGAAGCAGAACUAUUUAAAAACGUCACAGUUGACUCUAACGUCCUGAAGAAUUACCAGCAGUUUAUUGCUCUGCGGUUGUAA